AUAUAUAUAUAUAUAUAUGUAUCAUCUAUACUUUAGUUUGAUUUGAAAUUGCAACAUUGUUGAAGCGGUGAAAAGUGAAGAAGAUCGGGAAAAUAGAAAAUAGAAGGAAACGAAUAAUGUUUAAACAUUAAGCUGUUUUUAAGUUCGAAGAGAAUAUAAAGUUUUUCGAACUUACAUUUUUUUUUUUUUUAUGAGAUGAACCUUCUUCGAAAGAAGAAAAUAAAAAUAGGAGAAAAAUAGAUGAGAAUAAAAUAGAAGAUAUCCGAAGAAAAUAACUUCUACUGCGGAUGUUUGACAAUUACUAGGAUCAAUGACAAAUUACUAAGAAUCUAAUUAACAGUGAGAAUCAGUAACAUACGUAGAUAAUUUUCAGUAAUUCUCAGUGAAACAAUUUUGACAUUAUUAAAUUAACAACUGGAACUAAAAUGAAAGAAAGAAACAUGAAAGCUUUGUGGCGCAGCUCGGAUACUGCCAAAAAUCUGGCAAACUACAAUUAUUUGGAUGUAAUAAACCUGGUGAUUCAGAAGUUGCUGAAAUACAAUCUCCUCCUGUUAUCCUGUAUUUUGACGCCAAUUUUAAGGCUGCAGCGCUUCAAGAAGCAAAAAAAAAUACCGACGAUUAAGAAUCACCUGUUGCUGAUCUCGGCGACGAAAACCGCGCGUAGCAUUCGUAGAAAACAAAUCAGCAGCGAGGAAGUGGUAACAGCUUACGUGGAGAGAUGUAUGGCCGUGAAUCCUGCAUUAAAUGCCAUCGUCGAUCAGUGCUACGAUAGAGCCAUUAAAGAGGCGCGAGAGGUCGACGAAUUUUUAGCGAGCACGUCGAUAACCGAGGAAGAGCUUGCUCGUGAAAAGCCUCUUCUUGGCGUACCUAUAACUGUGAAAGAAAGCUUUGCUGUUGAAGGGAUGUCUCAUUCGGUCGGCGUGAAGAGUAUUUCACAGAGAGCCACGCAGGACGCAGAGAUUGUUAGUAUGAUGCGCAAAGCUGGCGCUAUUGUCACCGUUGUUAGUAAUACUCCUGAAUUAUGUUUGCAUUUCGAAAGUACCAACUUCGUUACUGGUACUACUUGGAAUCCUUAUGACACCAACAAAAUAUGUGGCGGCUCCAGCGGUGGCGAGGGAGCAUUAAUAAGCAGUGCCGCCUCCGUUGUAGGCGUCGCGUCGGAUGUUGCAGGUUCGGCAAGAUUUCCCGCUUUGUUUUGCGGUGUUUUUGGCCAUAAAACCACACCCGGUAUAAUCCCUCCAGGCGGUCAUAUACCAGACUUCAAAUCUUCAUUGAAAUUUACAGUAUGCCCAAUGGUCAGAUACGCUGAAGAUCUGUCUCUGAUGUUAAAGAGUAUGUGUCAGUCAGAGAAAGUGCAAAAAAACCUCGAGCAAAAGGUGUCUUUGAAAGAGAUCAGAUAUUUUUACUUGAACGAUUGCUGCCCGAUAACGAACUCUCCAAAUGAAGAUAUGAAACAAGCGGUCAACAAGCUAAAAAUAUAUAUCGAGACAACAUACAACCUGGAAGUAAAAAAGGGACCGUUCGAAUUUCUCUUCGGAAUGUUGAAAUGCUUAAUCGGCAUUUCAGAAAUUACGAUGUCAACAUUAUUGUUCGUUCUGCUGAGAUGGAUUUGUGAUAAAUUACCUAAGAGCUAUCAUCGCUAUAUGUACGCCAAACAGAAUGAGCUCCUAGGUGAUAACGGCGUAUUGAUAUUCCCAACGUUUGUUUCACCAGCCCUUUAUCCAGGCGAAUCUUACAUGAAUAUCUGUAAUAUUAUAUAUUUGUGCAUUGCUAAUACGCUAGCAUUACCUUCUACUCAUUGUCCAAUGGGAAUCAAUAAAGCGAAUCUACCUGUUGGACUUCAAGUAAGUAUGUCUCGUACAAUGUAUAGAGCGCUUUUUUACUGGUCGACUUAAAUUAAAAAUUGAUCAAUCAGACUACCGAUAUAUAGUAAAUUUCUUCUCAAUUAAUGACAAAAUCUAAUGGACGAUAUUCAUUUAUUCAAAUUCAAAAGAGACGACGUUGUUUUAAAUCCAUUGUAUGAUGAAUUUUGAUCAUUAUUUGUUUCAUAUAGAUUAUGGCAAACACAAAUAAUGACCAUCUUACGAUUGCUGUAGCUGAAGAAAUUGAGAGAGUUUUUGGUGGCUGGCAGCCUCCACCGAUGAGCCCGGUAUAAGUUUGAAUCUUUUCAAUGUAAAUAAAAUAUAAUAUAUUAUGUAAUAAAAUAUAAUUACAUAAUAUAUAAUAUGUAUUAUAAUAUUAUUAUCUUUCUUUUAAUAAAUAGAUGAUUCUAUAUUAAUAAAUAUAUUAAUAAAUAGAUUUCUUUUAAUAAAGGUUUUGUAAAC